CCGGACGCCGGCCCGCGCGCCGCCUGGGGGCUUCUGCGAGCGGCGCGGCCGGUUCGCUGGCUGGGGCUGCCGCGGCGUCCUCGACUUCCUCUUCGUCCCGGGACUGCUGGCCGGGCGCGGCCGGGCCCUGGUGGGGGGCAGGCGGAGGCGCGGCGGGGGCGGGGGCCGCUGCCGUCGCAGGCUCCCGGGCCGGCCCGCGCCUUUGCAGCGUGCUCCAUGCAUCCGGAGCCCGCCCCGCCCCCGAGCAGCCACAGUCCCGAGCUUCCCCUCAGCGGCGGCAGCACCACCAGCGGCAGCCGCCGGAGCCGCCGCAGCGGGGACGGGGAGCCCCCGGGGUCCCCGCCGCCGGCGCCGCCGCCCGCCGUCAGCUACCCGGACUGGAUCGGCCAGAGUUACUCCAAGGUGAUGAGCCUCAACGAGCACUCGAUGCAGGCGCUGUCCUGGCGCAAGCUCUACUUGAGCCGCGCCAAGCUCAAAGCCUCCAGCCGGACCUCGGCUCUGCUGUCCGGCUUCGCCAUGGUGGCCAUGGUGGAGGUGCAGCUGGACGCUGAGCACGACUACCCACCAGGGCUGCUCAUCGCCUUCAGCGCCUGCACCACGGUGCUGGUGGCCGUGCACCUGUUUGCACUCAUGAUCAGCACCUGUAUCCUGCCCAACAUCGAGGCCGUGAGCAACGUCCACAACCUCAACUCCGUCAAGGAGUCGCCCCACGAGCGCAUGCAUCGCCACAUCGAGCUGGCCUGGGCCUUCUCCACCGUCAUCGGCACGCUGCUUUUCCUGGCCGAGGUCGUGCUGCUCUGCUGGGUCAAGUUCUUGCCCCUCAAGAAGCAGCCGGGGCAGCCACGCCCUACCAGCAAGCCCCCGGCUGGUGGUGCGGCCUCCAACAACAGCAGCGAGAGCGGUAUCACCCCGGGCCAGGCGGCAGCCAUCGCGUCCACCACCAUCAUGGUGCCCUUUGGCCUGGUCUUCAUCGUCUUCGCCGUCCACUUUUACCGCUCACUGGUCAGCCACAAGACGGACCGACAGUUCCAGGAGCUCAGUGAGCUGGCCGAGUUUGCCCGCCUGCAGGACCAGAUGGACCACAGAGGGGACCACCCCCUGACGCCCGGCAGCCACUAUGCCUAAGCCCUUGUGGUCCAGGGCCCUUCCCCAUGACCUUGUCCUGCCAAAGCCUCAAGGACAGCCUGUGCAGGGAGCUGGGCUUCAUUGAGGGGCAGAGAGCGGAGGGAAGAGGCUUUUUGUAAAAGAGAUUACUGCACUUUGAAACUUUCCUCCAAGUCAGAGUAAGCACUUCCUGUUCCUACAGCUCCAGGUCCACCUCCUGCUUAGGAGGUGGUGGGGUCCGGGUGGGGACAGACGCCCUCUUUGUCCCCUCUCCUCCCCCGUGCCAGUGCCUCCUGGAUGCUUCCUGUCCUUUCCGUCUUGACCUCCCUCCCUGUUGUGCAGCGAGCGUGUGCGUGUGUGGACACAUAAAUAUACUCACAAGGGACGCC